AUGAUUUGUCACUCAGGAUUGUUGGCUGUUUGCCCGUUGUGGAGGGGUAGGGAGUUGGGGGGUAGCGCUUUGAUUGGGCAGGGGUUUUCAAUCACGUUUUCAUGUCAAGCCUUCUCGCGGUUUCGCCAUUCCAUCCUAGGAAGCAGACAUAUUUCCUCUAACAAUCGUCGUACGUAUCAUAUUAUUAUAAGUUCGAAUUACAACCUCUUGCCCUCCCGCCUCCCUCUCACGAAACCCGCCUAACCGCCCGAUUUUCGGUGUGUAUCAUAGUACGAUACGUGAAUAGACAAGCAAGAAACAACUACCGCACUCCCUCUUACCGAUUCGGAACACCGCCAACCCCACCCUAAGCUAUUCCAAUCCCUAUGACUGUCGGAUCAACCCCUAAUCCCUGGACACCUGCCUAAACUGGCACCCCAAAUCCCUUCUUCCGCAAGUCAUACCGCAGACAAAUUCCCUCUCGGUAACCGCCUCUACCGGCGGUGUGAAAUCCGUCCACUCAAUGGCAAAGCUCAUGCAAGUGGGAUGGGCAAUGAAGGGCGAGUUCGUGGAUUGGGGGCAGGUGUAAUUGCGUAUAUAAGUUGCGUGAUUGCAGGCGUAGACUAUUGCGGUUAGCUUGCACAUUUUGUUUUUUUUGUUUUGGCAGUGUUGGAUGGAUA